UUGUUUUCUGACUCAAUAUUUGUGUAUUAGUUUCUUCUCCCUAAUUUAUUCAAUACUUUUAAUUUGUUUGUUUCAAAUCUAAAUUAAAAUAAAGCUCAAGGCAUGGGCGCGUCCAAUCGCAGCACACAAGUUGCCCUUGGCAUAUCGGCAGUCUCCUUUCUGCUUUUUGUUAUUGCGUUUGCUACGCCCUACUGGCUGGUCACUGAUGGCCGUCUUCAGAAUCCACGCUUCACGAACUUGGGUCUGUGGGAGGUGUGCUUUAACCAAUUCCAGGACAUUCAUCGGUUCUACGACACCAGGUUCACCGGCUGUAUGUGGGUCUUCGAGGAGGAGUACUACAUAAUACACGACUUCCUGCUGCCAGGCUUCUAUAUAGCCGUUCAGCUCUUUGCAACGCUGUGCUUUGUGAUGUGCUUGCUGGCCCUGCCGCUGACGUUGUCCUUUUUGCGUACGUCCCGCGAUGACGACCGCUAUGUGGUGCUGCUUCUCACGAUUGGCACCUGCCAAGUGCUUGGCUCCAUUUUCGGCUUCAUCGCAGUGGUUAUAUUCGGGGCCAAGGGUGACUCCCGCGACUGGAUGCCCGGUUGGCAAAACAACGAUAUGGGCUGGUCCUUUGCCCUUGCCGUGGUCGGCGCUGUAAUGCUGUUACCUGCAGGCAUUCUCUACAUGGUAGAAGCACGCCGAGAACGCUACAAGCGACUUAACGAAAUCAGCAACCGCGAAGUGAGCGAGUACGGCGAUGAUUAUUACCAAAGCCAGGCUGCAGCCGCGUCGUCGUCGGUGCCAGCACAACCCUCGUAUUUCGCGCCUGAGCCUAGUCGCCCGCGCCGCCCACAGCCAGGACGACUGCCAACAGCACCUCCCCAGGGUAGCAUCCAAACGGACAUAUAAGCUGAUCCGCGAGAAAUGAGAGUGUGGUCAUCUACGUACACAUCCAUAAAUGAGGCCUUCGCCGUGCCUUCGAGCGAAUAUUAUAACAUAUCCGUCCAAUUGUCGUCUUUAGAUUAAGUCCGAAUUAGACUCGAAUAUAAAACACCCUUUUAUCAUUCCACA